AGCGGCGGCAGCGGGGUCCAGUACUCUCGUUGUGGCUGGGCGGCUAGUUCAAGUUGCCAUAGCUGCCAGUCUGGGGAGAGCAGAGUCGGUUGAGUCGCAGCGUUUGGUCAGUUGCACCUUCUGGGUCGCUGGUAGCCGCGGGAGCCGGGUGGGGCCUAGGCGAUGAUCCGGCAUUAACGAGCUGGGGUCAUCCUCCGUGUCAGGUGGCUUGGGGAAAGUGUAGUAGCAACCAAAGAUCAUCUGCUUGACGAGGCCCUUUGCCCUGAACCUCAUGAAGAAAUGAUAAGAGACAGACAUAUGUGCCUAAGAAGAGCGUUGAGCUCAGAGAAGAGCAACUUGGAGUUUUGGGGGUGUGCUUUAACUGACGGGUGGACUGGACAGUUGAUUUUGAUCUUUUAUAAAUUUACCAAAAGACUUUGAGGCGAUGAAGUUACAGAAGAGUACUGAUGUAAAGAAGACAGGAUUUGUGUACAUCAAUGGCAGAAUCAUCGAGCGAAUCCGAUCACUUCCGCUAUCGUGACCGAUUGAGUGCAUGGGCUGCCAGAUCAACUCACAGGGGAACACGAAGUCUUCCUACAGUAGAAGUUACCGAGAAGGUCAACACUAUAACAAGUACUUUACAGGAUACCAGUCGGAACCUGCGACAAGUGGACCAGAUGCUUGGCCGAUACCGAGAAUACAGUAAUGGACAGGCGGGCGCUAUAGAACAUUUAAAAGAAAGCUUGGAACAAUCAAUCGACCAACUGCGGAGUCAACGUUUAUUGAGAAACUCAGGAGGGGGAAGUAUUUCUGUUACAAGUUUGAGUGCAAGUGACCUUGAUGGUGGCACUGGGCCAGAGAGCCAUCGUUUUCCACCUACCUCAACGCUCAAGGACUAUGGAGAUCCACAGGGUAUCAAACGAAUGAGAGCCAGGGCUGGUGUCCGGUUUGUUCAAGAGACUGAUGAAAUGGCUCAGCUUCAUGCUUUUCAUCAGUCUCUUCGAGACCUCAGCAGUGAACAAAUUCGCCUUGGAGAUGAUUUCAACAGGGAGCUUUCCAGAAGGAGCCGGCUGAGGUCGGAUGCUGAAACAAAAAGGGCUUUGGAAGAAUUGACUGAAAAACUUAAUGAAGCCCAGAAACAAGAAGUGGUUUCAGAUCGGGUAGAGCGGCGGCUUCAGGAACUAGAGAGAGAGAUGCGUACAGAAAGGGAGUUGGUGGAAAGACGCCAGGAUCAACUGGGACUCAUGUCCCUGCAGCUACAGGAGGCAUUGAAGAAACAAGAAGCUAAAGCAGAUGAGAAUGAAGGAGCAAUAAAAAAUAAGCUAAGACAAACUGAAACUGAGAAGAAUCAACUUGAACAGGAAUUGGAGCUAUCUCGAAGGUUAUUGAAUCAAUCAGAAGGCAGCAGAGAAACACUUUUGCAUCAGGUAGAAGAACUGCGUACACAACUUACGAAAGCAGAGGGUGAUCGAAAAGGUUUACAGCAUCAAGUGUCACAGAUUUCCAAGCAACCGUCAAACUAUCAGGAUGAACAAGGGGAGGACUGGAGGUUUAGAAGAGGGGUCGAGCGGGAAAAACAGGAUCUGGAGAAGCAGAUGUCAGAUUUGAGAGUGCAGCUGAACUUCAAUGCAAUGGCAUCUGAGUUAGAGGAAGUGAAACGGUGCAUGGAGCGAAAAGACAAGGAGAAAGCACAUUUGGCAGCACAAGUUGAGAAUUUAACACGUGAACUGGAGAAUGGGGAAAAACAGCAACUGCAGAUGUUGGAUCGACUUAAGGAGAUCCAGAAGCACUUUGACACAUGUGAGGCUGAGCGCAAGCAUGCUGACCUUCAGAUCUCAGAGCUGACUCGCCAUGCAGAGGAUGCAACCAAACAGGCUGAGCAGUACCUCAGUGAGCUCCAGCAGUCAGAGGCCCUGAGAGAGGAGGCGGAGAAGAGGAGGGAAGACCUGAAACUGAAAGCUCAAGAAUCCAUUAGGCAGUGGAAGCUUAAACACAAGAAGUUAGAGCGAGCAUUGGAGAAACAAUCUGAAACUGCUGAUGAACUGACAGACAAGAAUAACCAGAUUUUGAAAGAAAAGGAUGAAUUGAAAAGCCAACUCUACGCAGCAUUACAACAAAUAGAGAAUCUUCGAAAGGAAUUGAAUGAUGUCCUAACAAAGCGUGCCCUUCAGGAGGAGGAGCUUCACUCUAAGGAGGAGAAACUAAGUGAUAUUAAGGCUCAUCAAGCUGACCUUGAAUUGGAAGUCAAGAAUUCCCUGGAUACCAUUCAUAGACUGGAAAGUGAAUUGAAAAAGCAGAGUAAGAUCCAAAGCCAGAUGAAAGUUGAGAAAGCUCAUUUGGAGGAAGAAAUCGCAGAGCUCAAGAAGAGCCAGGCCCAGGACAAAGCUAAGCUUCUUGAGAUGCAAGAGUCCAUCAAGGACCUGAGUGCCAUCCGAGCAGAUCUCGCUAAUAAAUUGGCUGAGGAAGAGAGAGCCAAGAAAGCAGUGCUUAAGAACCUUUCUGACCUCACUGCACAGGCAAAAUCCAGGGAUGAAGAAACAGAUACCAUCAUCACACAGUUAAAGCUGGAACGAGACGUGCACCAGAGGGAGCUGAAAGAUCUCACAUCAUCACUGCAGAGUGUGAAAACGAAGCAUGAACAAAAUAUCCAGGAGCUGAUGAAGCACUUUAAGAAAGAAAAGAGUGAGGCCGAGAAUCAUAUCAGGACACUGAAGGCUGAAAGCUUAGAAGAGAAGAAUAUGGCUAAAGUUCAUCGUUGUCAGCUGGAGAAGUUGAAAUCACAGUGUGACAGGCUGACAGAGGAAUUAACCCAGAAUGAAAAUGAGAACAAAAAACUGAAGCUAAAAUACCAGUGUUUGAAGGAUCAACUAGAAGAAAGGGAAAAACAUAUAAGCAUUGAAGAAGAGCACUUAAGGAGGAUCGAAGAGGCCAGAUUGCAGCUCAAGGAUCAACUUCUUUGCUUGGAGACUGAACAGGAAUCCAUCCUUGACGUGAUAGGAAAGGAAAUUGAUGCAGCUUGUAAAACAUUCUCCAAGGACUCCAUGGAAAAAUUAAAAGUUUUUUCAUCUGGUCCUGAUAUACAUUAUGACCCACAUCGCUGGUUAGCAGAAAGCAAGACUAAACUUCAGUGGCUCUGUGAGGAACUGAAAGAAAGAGAAAACAGAGAGAAAAAUCUGCGACAACAGCUGACGCUCUGCAGACAACAACUCAGGAAUUUGACUGAAAACAAGGAAUCCGAGCUGCAGUGUCUGUUUCAACAGAUAGAAAGGCAGGAGCAGCUUCUGGAUGAAAUACAUCGGGAGAAGAGAGAUCUACUAGAAGAGACCCAACGAAAAGAUGAAGAAAUGGAAUCUCUGCAGGACCGUGUAAUUGCAUUAGAAACGAGUACCCGAGUGGCCUUGGACCAUCUGGAGUCUGUGCCUGAGAAACUGAGCCUACUAGAAGAUUUCAAAGACUUCAGAGAUUCCUGCAGUUCAUCUGAGAGAACUGAUGGAAGAUAUUCUAAAUACAGGGUUCGCAGAAAUUCUCUUCAGCAUCACCAAGACGACACCAAGUACAGAACCAAAAGUUUCAAAGAUGACAGAACCUUUCCGGAAGGUUCCCACGCUCAUGGGUUAGAUCACUCAUCCUCUUGGCAGGAUCACAGUCGCUUCCUGUCUAGUCCAAGAUUUUCAUACUUGAACUCAUUUACCAAGAGAACUGUUGCUCCAGAUUCAGCUUCAAUCAAGGAAGAUGCCACAAUGAAUGAAACAAGUUCACAACCCAAAAAAGAGGAAUAUGAGAACUAAAAAAGCAAACGUAAUUUGUUAUUUUACAAGAGUGUUUUACAGAUAAUAACGUCUCUAUUCUUAUAAAUUUGGCCCAGAUUAUCUAACAGACAUACCUGCCACUUUGGCUCUCUGGUAUUGCCAAACAUUGACAAAAGUGACAAUACUGUUGGUCCUUGUGAAUAAGUUAAACCAAUCCAAAUAAUAUCAGCUCAUGAGUGAUGCACAGCUAAUUUAUUUGCAACUUAUACUAGCACAGAAAGAAUGAUAUUUUUUUCACUUUGUAUUUUCCCUUUGCAAGUGUGGUCAGUCACACUUGCCCAACCAAAAUUUGGAUUUCUAAUUGAGGCCUUUCAAAAAUCACUGGCUAAAAAGAAGGAAAAUGAAUUUCCCUUGAGGCAAAAGUUGCCAGCACUUUAUAUUCAGGGAGCAUUUAUAUGCAGUUGAUUUUUUGAAAAAAUGCUUUCUCCCUAAUAAAUUAUCAUGUGUUAUAACAUGUCAUGGAGAUGUGCGUACAUAACGUUAGACAGCCCACUUUAUAAAUGCUCAGGAUUUUUAUAUCUGUCAUCUCAGCAGUCUGCAACUACAUACAGUAACUGAAAAUUAUUUCCAAUCAUCCAUUUUUAAUAGCAAUAAAGAAUUCAUAAAUGA